GGGCCGGGAUUGGCCGCGCGGCCGCCUCGCCCCAGAAUGCAGCGCAUGGCGCGUCAUUGAAGAGAGACCAUGAUGGCGGCGGCGGCCGCGGCGGCGGGGGGCGCCCCCGAGGUGAUCGCCCAGCUGGAGAACGCGGCCAAAGUGCUCAUGGCACCACCUUCCAUGGUCAACAAUGAACAACGCCAACAUGCUGAGCACAUAUUCUUAUCAUUUAGGAAAUCAAAAUCACCAUUUGCUGUUUGCAAACAUAUUUUGGAAACUAGUAAAGUGGACUACGUCCUUUUUCAAGCUGCUACAGCGAUAAUGGAAGCAGUUGUAAGAGAAUGGAUUCUCUUGGAAAAAGCUAGCAUUGAGUCACUGAGAACAUUCCUUCUAACCUAUGUCUUACAAAGGCCUAACCUUCAAAAGUAUGUUCGGGAGCAGAUUUUAUUAGCGGUAGCGGUGAUAGUGAAACGGGGAUCAUUAGACAAAUCAAUCGACUGCAAGAGCAUUUUUCAUGAAGUCAGCCAGCUGAUCAGCAGUGGUAACCCCACUGUGCAAACUUUGGCCUGUUCCAUUCUAACGGCGUUGUUGAGCGAGUUCUCAAGUUCAAGUAAAACCAGCAACAUUGGACUAAGCAUGGAGUUCCAUGGUAACUGUAAACGCAUAUUUCAGGAGGAUGACCUGCGGCAGAUCUUCAUGCUCACAGUAGAGGUACUUCAGGAAUUCAGCAGACGUGAAAACCUCAAUGCUCAGAUGUCUUCAGUGUUUCAGCGCUAUCUUGCACUAGCCAAUCAGGUCUUAAGCUGGAACUUCCUUCCUCCAAAUUUGGGCAGACAUUAUAUAGCUAUGUUUGAAUCCUCACAAAAUGUGAUGCUAAAGCCAACAGAAUCCUGGCGCGAGACCCUCCUGGACAGCAGAGUUAUGGAGCUUUUCUUUACAGUACAUCGAAAAAUCAGAGAAGAUACAGAUAUGGCCCAAGAUUCAUUACAGUGCCUGGCACAGCUGGCGUCUUUGCAUGGGCCAGUCUUUCCUGAUGAAGGUUCACAAGUUGAUUACCUGGCACACUUCAUUGAGGGAUUACUGAAUACUAUCAAUGGAAUUGAAAUAGAAGACUCUGAAGCAGUGGGAAUUUCCAGUAUUAUCAGCAAUCUGAUAACUGUAUUUCCUCGCAAUAUUUUAACGGCCAUUCCAAAUGAACUUUUCUCUUCAUUUGUUAACUGCCUCGCACACCUCACCUGUUCGUUUGGAAGAAGUGCUGCCUUGGAAGAAGUGCUUGACAAAGAUGACAUGGUAUAUAUGGAGGCAUAUGAUAAGUUACUGGAAUCUUGGCUUACUUUGGUCCAAGAUGACAAACAUUUCCAUAAAGGUUUCUUUACCCAACAUGCUGUUCAAGUCUUUAAUUCCUACAUUCAGUGCCAUCUAGCUGCUCCUGAUGGCACAAGGAAUUUGACUGCCAAUGGUGUGGCCUCUCGGGAAGAAGAAGAAAUAAGUGAGCUGCAGGAAGAUGACAGAGACCAGUUCUGUGACCAGUUGGCCAGCGUAGGCAUGCUGGGGAGGAUUGCUGCAGAACAUUGCAUACCACUUCUCACAAGUUUGUUAGAAGACCGAGUGACAAGGCUCCAUGGACAGUUGCAAAGGCAUCAGCAGCAGUUACUUGCCUCACCAGCAUCAGGUUCAAUUGACAAUAAAGUGCUUGACGACCUGUAUGAGGAUAUUCAUUGGCUUAUUUUAGUCACAGGCUACCUCUUGGCUAAUGAUACUCAGGGAGAGACUCCGCUAAUACCUCCAGAAGUAAUGGAAUAUUCCAUUAAACAUUCAGCUGAGGUUGACAUCAAUACAACACUUCAGAUUCUGGGAUCUCCAGGAGAAAAGGCCUCUUCCAUCCCAGGGUACAACAGAACUGACUCUGUAAUUAGGUUGUUAUCUGCUAUUUUAAGAGUGUCAGAAGUAGAAUCCAGAGCAAUAAGGGCAAAUCUCACACACCUCCUGAGCCCCCAGAUGGGCAAAGAUAUUGUAUGGUUCCUCAAGCGCUGGGCAAAGACUUACCUCCUAGUAGAUGAAAAGUUGUAUGAUCAGAUAAGUCUGCCAUUUAGUACAGCAUUUGGUGCUGAUACAGAGGGUUCCCAGUGGAUUGUGGGUUACCUUUUAGAAAAAGUGAUCAGUAACCUGGCAGUGUGGAGUUCAGAGCAGGACCUUGCAAAUGAUACUGUACAACUGCUAGUAACAUUAGUGGAAAGGAGAGAGCGGGCAAACUUAGUUAUUCAGUGUGAAAACUGGUGGAAUUUAGCUAAACAGUUUGCAAGGCGAAGCCCUCCUCUUCACUAUUUGUCUAGUUCUGUGCAGAGAACAUUAAUGAAAGCUUUAGUUCUAGGAGGUUUUGCUCAUAUGGAUACAGAAACAAAGCAACAAUACUGGACAGAGGUUCUUCAGCCACUCCAGCAGCGAUUCUUGAAUGUGAUAAAUCAAGAAAACUUUCAGCAGAUCUGCCAGGAGGAGGAAGUGAAGCAGGAGAUCACUGCUACAUUAGAAGCACUCUGUGGCAUUGCUGAGGCUACCCAGAUUGAUAACGUAGCAAUUCUCUUCAAUUUCCUAAUGGACUUCCUUAAUAAUUGCAUUGGAUUAAUGGAAGUAUACAAAAACACACCAGAGACUGUUAAUCUCAUAAUAGAAGUCUUUGUUGAAGUUGCACAUAAACAAAUUUGUUAUCUUGGAGAGGCCAAAGCCAUGAACUUGUAUGAGGCCUGCCUAACUCUGCUCCAGGUAUAUUCCAAGAAUAAUCUAGGUCGACAACGGAUAGAUGUUACAGCAGAAGAAGACCAGUACCAGGAUCUCCUUCUUAUUAUGGAGCUUCUCACUAAUCUUCUAUCAAAGGAAUUCAUAGAUUUCAGUGAUACAGAUGAAGUAUUUAGAGGACAUGAGCCUGGGCAAGUUACAAAUAGGUCUGUAUCAGCAGCAGAUGUUGUUUUAUAUGGGGUUAAUCUAGUUCUGCCUCUAAUGUCACAAGAUCUGCUGAAGUUUCCAUCCCUGUGUAAUCAAUAUUACAAAUUAAUAACUUUCAUAUGUGAGAUAUUCCCUGAGAAAAUUCCACAACUUCCAGAGGACCUCUUUAAGAGCCUAAUGUACUCAUUGGAGUUAGGGAUGUCAUCAAUGAGCUCAGAGGUUUGCCAGCUCUGUCUGGAGGCUGUAACACCGUUAGCAGAACAGUGUGCAAAAGCACAAGAAACAGAUUCAACCCUUUUUCUAGCAACGAGGCACUUUCUUAAGAUGGUUUUUGAUAUGCUGGUACUUCAGAAGCACAAUACAGAAAUGACAACUGCAGCAGGUGAAGCAUUCUACACAUUAGUGUGUUUGCAUCAGGCUGAAUACUCAGAGUUAGUUGAAACAUUGCUAUCAACUCAACAAGAUCCAGUAAUUUACCAGCGGUUAGCAGAUGCCUUCAACAAGCUUACUGCAAGCAGCACUCCUCCUACACUGGACCGUAAGCAGAAGAUGGCCUUCUUAAAGAGUUUAGAAGAAUUUAUGGCAAAUCCAUCUCAGAUUCUAGAGAGCCUGGAAGUUUGAACAUAACACCACGGAAUAGGAGAGGUCAACUUUGAAUCAGCUUCUGCUAUUAUGUGUUAGCUGCAAUCUGUCAUAUUUGGGUGUGGAAGAGAAUGAACAGAAAAUCUGAGUUGAAUUUUUUUCCAUUUAUGCGCAAACAGAUAUGGGCACAAGGAAAUAAAUGCAGUGCCUUUCCCCCUGUACUGGUUUAAAAUAUGAGUGGUCAUGUAAACACAGAUUUCUUUUCUACCCAAAAUCAUGUUAGAGUGUGAUGCAGAUACAUAUAAAGCUCUAAAC